AUGACCGACUCUCCCACCCCAAAGGCGCAACACAUAGCUCACACACUCCUUGCCCGCGCCCACUCCCCUGACUCCGCAGAACAACAAUUCACCGAGCGCGUUAAGCAAAAACCACUUUUCCUCCGCCCAACUUCCCCCUCCGCCGCAGACAACCGAUCCAGACGCCGCCUCCAUCGUCUCCGCAAGAAAGAAUAUUUUAUCCGUCACCAGCGCCCGCGAUCUCUAUCUGCGCGCGAAAAGCGCACAUCGGGUCUCUACGACUUGCCUAAAGAUGAAUGCAAGCACGCUAUCUUCAAGGGACUGCAUGCGCUAUGGGUCGGUUACAUGCAAGAGAUUUUGGAUCUCAAGAUCGAGGGGAAGAGUGGAUUGAUAACGCCAGCUUCGCAUGGUGCGAAGCUUGUCAGUGCUGAUUUCCACGGUGCGGAGGUGGAGGUUGUGCGGAGUCGAUGCGCUAGUCGGGUUGGAGUGAAGGGAAUUGUGGCGCGGGAUACGAAGUUUACGUUUGAGGUUGUCACAGAGAAGGAUGAGGUUAAGACAAUACCCAAGGAACACUCUGUCUUUCGGUUUACAGUUCCUUUUCCGACUUCGACACCGUCGGAAUCUGCUGAGGGCCAACAGAGCCAGCAAGGACCGAAGCCAUUGAUUUUCGAACUUCAUGGUAGCCAGUUUGAGAAUCGGGCUACGGACAGGGCUAAUAAGAAGUUCAAAUGGAGGAACAUUGAUUAUCUAUGA